UUUAUUAUCCAAGUCCAACCAGAGGGUUGAGAACCACCCACAGCUGAUAAUAGGGCGUAUUCCUGUGCGUAAGUGGGAUCAAUUCACAAUUUAUGGCUACUUGUUUCGACUGAUAGGGACAGCAGAAAAGGAAGGGUCAUAAAGAAAUGGUAGCACCCGUGGACUAUAUUGCUGCCUUCCUUUUUCUCUAGGCGGAGAAGCUGGAUACGAUUUUGCUCUAUUCUCAAACGUUGGUUAUAUGUGUGGCUCUCUUUUCUUAUCUCUUGCAACAAUGCCUGAUUACUCCCGUAAAACCUUCACAUUAUAUAUCACUUUCACUCACCUAUCUUCCAUUACUCUUCGAGUUUCUCUGCAAAUUCAGAAACAUGUCGGAACAAGAAAAUGGCUUGCGGGAAGAACCCCAAUGGCUAGAGCUAAAGCUUCCAAAUUUAUUGUACAAUGAAACCGUUCAGGAACUUCACACAACAAUUCAAAGUGAGUGGGAUUCUCUCCGACAGUCAGCAUGCCAAACAGCAGCUGGAAGAGCUUUGUGGAGACAUGUAAUUCAAGACCCACUUGCAGACUUGCUCGCAGGAGAGACCUACCUUAGAAACUUUCAUGAGAAGAUAAAGAAUGACUGCCUCAAGAAUGCCCGUGAAAUUUCAGGAGUGCUUCUCGCUGUUCGAACCCUCUGGUUUGAUUCGAAACUUGAGGCUGCUCUCAAUUCCUUCAACGGGGAAGCACAAGUGGUUCUCCUUGGUGCAGGAAUGGAUACAAGAGCAUACCGUCUAAGCUGCUUGAAGGAAAGCAACGUCUUUGAACUUGAUUUUCCUGAAGUCUUAGAAGUGAAAGCCACCCUUAUAGAGGCAGCAAUGGGAUCCAUGGAUGAGUACGAGCAACCAAAGAUAAUAGCAAAAUCCCUAAACAGAGUAGCGGCUGAUAUCAGAAAUAAUGAUUGGCUUGAAAAGCUUCAGAUAUCAGGGUUUGUACUAGAGAAGAACACGGUCUGGAUCCUAGAAGGGGUCCUUUACUACCUUUCUCACUCCCACGCUGUGCAAGUACUGAAGAUCAUAGCUGACAAGUGUGCCCUUGCCCACACAGUUCUUUUGGCAGAUUUUAUGAAUAAACCAUCCACCACUCUGUCCAAUUCCAUCUUCCACUUCUACAGUGAUUGGCCUGAUCAACUGCUGCCAUCUUUAGGGUUUUCCCACGUAAAGCUUUCACAGAUUGGUGACCCUGAUGCUCAUUUUGGGCUCUUGGACGAUCCAUUAAAUCUGUUCAACAAGCUCCGAAGCUUGCCAAGGUCAAUGCAGACUUAUCCAGAUGAUGGAAAGCCUUGUUGUCGCUUGUAUUUAGUACGAGCUUCAGGUGUUCCCAAUCAACAGAAAGAAUCAUUCGAUCAUAUUGCCAUAGGUUCCAACAACCAAAUAUAGUAUAAAUGUAUGUAUCAUUGUUUGUAGAAGUCACAGGAAUGCAAACUGCAUCAAGCAGUAUUAGUUCUCCGAGCAACUAACAAACAUAUGCUCGCAUCCAUCAGAUUUCAUCUCCAACAAACAUGCUUGCACAAAUAAUUCUUUUAGGAAAAAAGGAUCCAUUUUAGGAGGGAACAGCUGAAGAGAAAGGAUAUUCAUAUUUCACACUCAACCACAUUUCCUACUCUGGCUAAGAAGGGGCUAUGCUAGGCCUAAGCCAGCAGAAAUGUUCUUUUGAUCCUAAGAAUUUAUGUGAGCCUAUGCUGGCCCGUUGUAUUCUGAAAGUAUAUAUCUACUAGUAACAGCUGCUAAUUUUCAUCAA